UGCUCCUGCUGGCGCGCGCGCUUAAUGCCUGCUUGCCUCGCUGUCCUCCUUGUCCACUUUCUUUGCUUGAUUGCUUGCAGCUUGAGUUUUCUUCGAAGCUACUUCAACAAAGCUUACCAUUACACGUACCAUUCCCAACUUUCAACAUCAUGCAUGUUCCUACCUACUUUCCCCAUCCCCUUCUUUCUAUCUACAUCCCCUUUCUCCUUGCAGAGUGCCGUACUUCGUAGCGAGCGGUAGUCAUUCUUCAUCUUGUCUAGAUCGAUCGAACAUGGCCUUCCACUCUUCCUUCAUCAGUCUAAUGCAUUCGUUGAAGCAAUCUCUCUCGAUCUCAAGCAGCUCAUGAUUCUCAUCCAGGGUGCCUUUCCCUUCGAAAAGACUAUUGAUGAUUCUCUCCGGAUCUUGCAGCUCACUUUCGUCCCAUUGCCUUGUCAUCAGCUCCUUUUCAACGUCGGCUAGGGAGACUUUCCUCUCGAAAUCAUACGAUAGAUAUGCGGUAAGUUUCUUACGAGCGUCGCGU